GUUGCUGUGGGGUGCCAAAAAAUGUGCUGAAGAGUCCCAGGGAGAUGAGGCUAUUUUUGUUCGAAGCUGAUACUUCUUACUGAGCUGCAAGUGCUGCUAGGGAAAGGGUGAGGUUGUUUCCAGGGGAGAACUCUGUGCAGAAGAGGCAAAGUUCCACAGGACGGCAAAGCAGCAGCAGAAACAGCCAGGAAAACAAAGAGCUCUUACGUUUCAACACAGAACCCUCGGCCAGAGUUCUCCAAUCCUAAAAUAUUCUGCAAAGUACCACUUGACGGGACCUUCUCACCCGACUGUGACUUCCUACGACCACGAUGACUGAGAUCACCGCCGAAGGAAAUGCAUCUGCAACCACCACUGUGGUCGACAGCAAAAACGGAUCUGUGCCCAAAUCCCCUGGCAAGGUGCUGAGGAGGACAGUCACCGAGGACAUAGUGACCACCUUCAGCUCCCCCGCGGCCUGGCUUCUGGUCAUCGCCUUGAUCAUCACGUGGUCGGCUGUUGCCAUCGUUAUGUUUGACUUGGUGGAUUAUAAGAACUUCUCAGCAAGUUCUAUUGCCAAGAUUGGAUCAGACCCUUUAAAACUAGUCCACGAUGCUGUCGAGGAAACUACAGACUGGUUCUAUGGUUUCUUCUCGUUGUUGUCUGACAUCAUCUCAUCUGAAGGCGAUGAAGAAGAUGAGGAUGGGGAAGAGGACAUUGAUAAAGGAGAAAUAGAGGAACCUCCCUUGAAAAAAAAAGAAAUACACAAAGAAAAGACUGAAAAGCAGGAAAAGCCUGAAAGGAAAAUACAAACUAAAGUUACACACAGAGGAAAGGAAAAAGACAAAGAAAAAUCAAAAGAAAAAGAAAAACCUGAAAGGAAAGCAACUCACAAGGAAAAAAUUGAGAAAAAAGAAAAACCAGAAACAAAGGCAAAAGAUGAGAAGAAAGCUAAGACUAAAGAGAAGACCAAAGAAAAGGUGAAAAAGGAAGUGAAAGGUGGGAAAAAAGAGAAGGUGAAGCAAGCAGCAGCAAAGGUAAAAGAAGUGCAGAAAACACCACCGAAACCCAAGGAGAAGGAUGGCAGAGAGCCUGCAGCUGCAUUGGAACAUGAACAGAAAGAUCAGUAUGCAUUCUGUCGAUAUAUGAUUGACAUGUUUGUCCAUGGGGAUUUAAAACCAGGACAGAGCCCGGCCCCGGCCUCUCCAGCACUCACACUGCAGGCUCCCAGACCCGCUCACGCCCCACCUGCUCUUGAAGAGAAAGAAGGUGAGAAGAAAGAAGAGAAGAAAGUUACUUCUGAAACAAAAAAGAAAGCAGACAAAGAAGAUGCUAAAAAGAAAAGUGAGAAGGAAGCUACCACAGAUGUGGAAAAAAAAGAGCCAGGGAAAGCUCUGGAAACCAAACAAGAUACUAUAAAAGUUGCAGCACAAGCAGCAGCUAAAAAGGAUGAGAAGAAGGAAGAUUCCAAGAAAACAGAAACACUCACAGAAGAACAACCCAAGGGAAAAAAACAGGAAAAGAAAGAAAAACAUGUGGAACCAGUAAAGUCACCGAAGAAGGAACAGUCAGCUCCAGCUGAAAAGCAAGGAAAAGCAAAAACUGAACGGGCCAAACAAGAAGUUGCUGAUGUGUCAACCAAGAAAGCUGCACCUGGAAAGAAGGAAGAGAAAACAGUCAAGACCGUGGAGCAAGUGUAACGGUGUCGAUGGCUCAUGGCACAUGAAGAGAGGACUGACUUGAUUCCAAAUGCCCACACUAACAGUGCUAGUACUCAGCAGAUGACUGAUCUGAACACUGAUUGUUUUACCUCCUCUUAUCUGCAUGUUAUUAUCAGUUUCAUUAAUGAUGUUUCCUCAAGUGGAUAAAAGCCUGGAAGCCGUUCUUCAGGAUGUGAAUUUACUCUUUCAGGUGGUUUUAUAAUUAUUUUAUCUAAUAUCACCUGUUCUCUUAUGAAAACUUAGCCUCUUAGUAUAAAAACGAAGAGGUUCUUUCAGUGGCUCUUAUUGAUUUAGUAAAUCAUUUCAGUUUUAAUUAUUGUAUGGCAGUGCCCUCAUAUUUUUCAACUAUAAAAAUAAUAAGAAAUAAUGUAUUGGGAUUAUUGUUUGCUUUGCAAUGGUAUGUCCUUGACUAACAGAUGAUAUGAAAAUUGGUAUAGUAAGACUUUACUAAAGCAGGAAGUUUGUGGGAAUAAGUAGCAAAUAAUUACAUUUUACAGAUUUUAUUGUAGGAUUCUAAUAUUUAUGCAUAAAACGAUGCUUUAAGACUUUGUAUGCUUUUCUUCCUCAUGUAAUUUUAGUUACCUUCAGAAAUAUAAAUAACCUAAGAAUAUUUCAUAAUGCAUUGAAAUACAAUUAAAUAGCCAUCUUAGAUAUAUUAUCAUUCACUUCAACUUGAACUUUCUACUUUAUUAUGGAAAAAUUAUAAUUUUUAUUUCUUAAUAGAUUUCAGGUAUACUUGGUGAUCUAAAUUUUUAAUUUAAACCUCUGGAUAUAUUCCUCAUUACACAUAUAAAUAGAAUUAUUAACUAAGCUAAACUUUAUGUCAUGGGAAAUUCACACUGUAAAAGGUGGAAUGAAUUUUAUGUUCAAACAAUUUAGCAAACUAGAACCCAUAACAUGUAAGUAGAAAUGUAGUUUAAGUUCUGUGGAACUCCAAAAAAAAUUGUUUUACCUCUAGCUGAUGAUGAAUCAAACAUUUUUCAAUUAUUCUCCUCAUGAAGACCUAAAAUUGGUUAAAAUACAGUUUUGACUAUUAUGAAACAUUUUAUAAAUUGUUACACUGUAAAGACAGAUCACACACACAUGAAUGCAAACACACACCAUUAACUGUUUCUACUUUAGGAAGCAAGUACUUGGAACUGUCAGGACACUUCCCUUACAGUACAUGUUUUCCACAGUAAAUAUGGCUAUCCUUGCAGGGAGCACCAAGGAAAGCUAAAGAUAAAACUUUGCAAAGUAUGCUACCCGAGGGCCAUUCGUUUGUAAAUCUUUAUAUACAUUUGUAUUUCUUGAAAAAAGUAAACUGUGUUUCAGUAAUGCGGUGACUUGUUUUUGCAAGUUGCUUAUGUGUUAAUAUUUAAUUUCUCAUAUUUAGUUACGUAUUUUCCUAUUGGUACUCCUCAAAAUCACCCUGUGAUCCUCAAUUCUAUUUUCCUGUCUCAUUCUCUCUCUCUCUCUCUCACACACACACACGUGUACACACACACACACACACACACACACACACAGAUGAACAUAUCUGAGAAGUCUGGUUUGGUGCUACUUGAAUGGGAGGCAAAACAGCCACUCCAUAGACACAUUGUGAGGCAUGGAAAAGCAGCCAAAGCCAUCAGCCAGAAAGCCUAAACUGUAGGUCUGGAGUCCAUAGCAUUUCUUUGUUUCUACACUUGAUCUUAACCAAAAGGCCGAGAAGCAAUUCAUUUCCUUAUUCUUAAUUUCCUUCCUUUAAAGUGACUUAAAUCCAUCUGUGAAAACAUGAUAAAGGUAUUUAUAAAUUAAGUUAAUUAUAGAUCUUCUUUCUUUUGCCUUCUCUCAUCCAUCCUCAUGUGUGGUAUUACUUGAGGCUUCCUUUAGAAUUCCUUCUAAGCUCCCAUAACAGGGCCUGCAUACAGUAAGUGUUCAAUAAAUACUUGUGGUUUGAAAGUAAACAGAGAACUUACUGAAGAAGGGAAUAUUAGGCAAUGCAGAUUUUAACACACUGUGUUAUGAAAGGAAUAUUUUCAUAACUCAGAAUGAGACUUCCAAUGUUGAAGAUAAACACAUUUUAGAAACUAGAGGUGAUUAAGCUUUUCCUUUAUCCCCUUUAAAUUAGAAUGAGUAGACAAAAUUAAUAAUUCAAUAUCACUCAUUGUGUCAUUUUUAAAUGAUAUUUGUAAUUGUUACCCUUAAAAUUAUGUGAUAAACAGAGAUAUAGACAAAGAUAUUGAAAACUAAAUUUUAGUAACUGCAACUAUCAUAUUGUGAAAUUAUUUUAAAAAGAUAAAAUGAGAAAGAAAUUUAAAGAAUUAAUCAAGAAAGUCAACAAAUGUCUCUAAAUUCAGAACACUUUGGAGUUAUCCUGUGCUUUGCUUUCUCAUUUACAUAACUAAGGAGCUAAAUGAAAGUAUCUCUUAACACCUUUUCCACAUGUAAAAAAUUUCUAUUCAACAGAGUUUUUAAAUAAUAUGUGUUUUACUUCAAAAUAUGGAGGCUACUUUUUAAAGGAGGAGGACUAGUUUAGAAAGACUUUCAGAUUCUAAGAUUCAAAUGCUAAGGAAUAUCACACUAUUAGCAUAAAUACUGAUACUUCAGGAUCUUAAAAUUUAGUCAAAAGGAAUAUUUCAGAAUAUUUAGCGUUAAUUGCUUAACAAUUAAAAGUCACUUCAAAAAUCCAGUUUAGUAGAAGCGUGACAAAUUUAAGAAAUUAAAUAGAAUUUGAUUGCCUAUAAUGAAGAAUAAAUUUGAACACAAUUGCAAAUAUUUAGCUCAGUGGUUCCGGUGCC